AUGCUCGUCGUGGGACUAACGGGCGGCAUUGCCUCCGGGAAGUCGACUGUCUCCGGUCUGCUGAAGUCAUACUGCGUGCCGGUCAUCGAUUUGGAUCACCUUGCUCGGGAAGUGGUCGAACCCGGCACAAGUGGACUUACUGCAAUCCGAGAGCACUUUUCAAGCCAGCCGGACAUCGUCUAUCCCCACAAUGGUUGCUUAAAUCGAGAACGGCUCGGUGAAAUCAUCUUCAACAAACCAAGCGAGCGACAAUGGCUCAAUAGCCUACUCCAUCCAAAAAUCCGUCGCUUGAUGGUCCUUCGAUUGCUCAAGCUGUGGCUCACUGGCACCCAAGUUUGUGUGGUCGACUCGCCUUUGUUGAUCGAAACUGGGAUGUGGAAGUUUUGUGGGAAGGUCGUCGUCGUGUAUUGCUCCGAAGAGCUCCAACUCCAACGACUACAAAGUCGAAAUGGACUGGGUAGGGCUGAAGCGAAAACCCGAAUCGCAGCCCAAAUGCCACUCAAAUCCAAACUAUCAUAUGCUGACCACAUCGUAGAUAACUCGGGACAGCUAGUCGACUUGGAGCGACAAGUCGAAAGAUUGGUGUGGAAGUUUGAGAAGUGGGUCAAUAAGGUGAUCUGGUUGCUCGGCUGGUUGGUCCCACCGAUCGGACUCUUGAACGGCCUGCUGACGAUCUUCUGGAGAGUCUGGAUCAAACCAUUUGGCAAAUCACAUCGAAAGAAAUCCCGUUCUCAGAGCACCACUCCAACCGCCCAACGUUCCCACUAA